GGGAGGGAGGUACAGAGGGAUAAGGAGUGGCUUUCUGCUGAUAGUCUCCCUCUCUGCCGGAGUAAAACUUCUCUGUGUGGCAGCUCACAGGAGGGAAACAAACCAGACGUUUUGGAGAUACAGAACAGGGAAGGAGAGAGAAGAAAAGUUUCUCACAGGUUGUAGGUGGUGUAAUACAGUCAUGGCAUCAGCAGCUCCACCAAAAAGGAUGGUGUCCUCUGUCUUCAUCACUCUAGCUUCUCCUCAUCGAGCCACUCUGACACAACAGAAGCCCGCCCUCCAGGCUCACAGUGCACCUGCCAGAGAGAAGCAGCACACGGCUAUACGAGUCAGCCCGAGUGACAGCAUCCCCAAAGUCAGACAUAAGAAAGACUCACAGUCUGAGACUCACAGCAGAGUAGACAGCAGAGGCCAGACUCAUACCGAGGCCCCGGCCAGAGUCACAGACCCUCAGAGCCCAUCGCCUGCCCAACAUGGACCAAACAGAAGGAAGCUGCAACAAGAUGACAAAUCUGCUUCAGAUCUCAUCCCUCUUCCUCGUUCUGCUGCUGAGCCUUCAUCUUUGGGCAAAUCCCUCUCUGAAGAGUCAGCUUUUCCACCACCUCUUCCUACUCAGACACCUCCCUCCCAGCUUCAGACCCCACGACAGCAGUCCCCUAAAAACAAAGCGGUAGAAACAAUCACACCAUCUAUUGGAUUGAAACAAGAUGAUCGGUCCGAGGAGAUCCCUAAAACUGGCCAAAACACAAGCAGCCAGAGUAAAGAGGUGUGUGGCUUCUGUCGGAAACCUGUGGCUCUUUCUGAACCCGCAAUUGAAGCUUUAAACAGAACGUACCAUGAGGACUGCUUCCAGUGUAGAUCCUGUCACAGUCCUCUGGCAGGCAAACAUUACUACAACAAAGCUGGAAUCCCUCUCUGUGAAGACUGCUACCAGGCCAGUCUGGAGCUCUGCUGGGCCUGUGGGGAGUCAAUCACAGACCAUGUGAUCCGAGCACUAGAGAGAGCGUACCAUCCCUCCUGCUUCACCUGUGCAACGUGUAAACAGAAAAUAGGAGAGCAACCUUUUGCUCAAGGAGAAGUUGGAGAAGUGUAUUGUCUCCCAGACUAUUACAGGAAGUAUGCUCCAAAGUGUAACGCCUGCAACCAGCUAAUCAUCCCAAAAGAAGAUGGCACUGACAGCUAUAAUGUUGAGUGUCUGGGACACGCCUAUCAUGAGAAAUGCUACAGAUGUGAGGUCUGUGUCAUCCAGCUCUCUACUGAACCCAAUGAGCACGGCUGCUAUCCUCUAGAGGGGAAGAUGCUCUGUAAAACGUGCCAUCUGAACAUGGUCUCAGGCCAGCACUAACGCAGACCCGCCAUAAACUGCAACUAGGGGGGAAGUGCCAUGAAAAGGAUGGGAGACUGUGCAUGUGCUCUGGAAAACAAACAUUACACAUCUUCUUUUGUGGAACAAUAAUGAAAUAUGCCUCUUUUUUUACACUAUGUCAUACUUUUUUAAGAUCUUCCAAUUUGACCUUUAUACUUGAUAAUUUUGCACUCCAGUCUACAAAAUAUAGCCUAGCAGAUUUAUUUAUGUAACAUGAAUGUACAUAGAGCAUUAUUUGUUUUAUCUUUUUACAUCUCAAUCAAUAUACUGUUUCUCAAUUUCUUUAAAAAAUUCAUUUAAAAAAAGUUACCAAAAAUACAUUCAAAUACGUUAUCUCCCGACAGGCUCCAGCUAGAACCCUUAGACUAUGACCGAGUAUAAAGAUGUGGAAAAAAAACAAUACUUAAAUCACAAUGGUGUAACAUGUAAAACCACAAUCGAGUCAUUCUUUCCUUUAAACUGCACAGACUUAAUUAAGGUUGGUUGCAUGAAUUCUGUGGAUUGAUGGACUGAAUGUCAUCAUUCCUUAGGAUUGUUCUAUUCACUUACUCUGGUUAAGCAGACAAGAACAACCUUUAGACAACCAACCCAACUCAGCAACAAAAUUGCAAAAGAAAUAUGCUGCUCUUUACUUUCUAAGCCCCAGGAGCCUUUAAAGCAGAACAAUGGUUUUAAAAUAUUCAAGUUCAAAAGCUUCGUAGGUAAAUUUGUAAUGGUUGUAUAGUGCAACAGAGGAAAUAAAACCUGAAAGUAAUUAGGAAUGACCAAAACAAAUAGGUACUUUUGAUGUGACUGUCAUGAUAACGGACCAAAGGUGCUUACUAUUUUUAGCUCUUUAAAAUAAAUCAAAUUCACAUUGAUUUGCCAUUUCAACAUUAAAGUCUAAUUCAGAUCACACCUAACAUAUUUUUUUAAUUCUAGAACUAAGGAUUACAUGUCUGUGGAACUAUCUGUGUAUCGGAAACAUUUAUUACUUUUUUUUCUUUUUCUAUUUUUUUUAAUUUGUAUUUCUUUGAUUGAACAAGGUUUGUACUUUUAUGGUGUGUAUUGCCUUUAUUUUUAUCCAGACGUUAAAUUAAGACUGUUUAAUUUGGGAAGAAGCAAAAAAGUUGAAUUCAUCUAAAAUAAAAAACGACCUUGAAAGUUUA